AUGGGUAAUUUUACCCUUGCCAAUGAGCUGGACGUGUAUCCUGGUGCUGAGUUUCGUUCUGGAUACAGAGAAGCAAUCAAGUAUGGUGGCAAAGUGGUACUUGGUGAUCGCCCUAUACAGAUCACAUUAAAGAGAACAUGGAGUAAGCUGCCACUCUGGCACAUCCCAAGAUUGUUGAUUCCUUCUUCUUUUCCAAUGAAAUUCUCAGAUUCUUUAUCCCUCUCUGAUACUGUUAAAAAUUGGUUGAAGGAGUUGGAUAAUGAUGACGGGUUAAUUCUUGCUAAGAAAAUAAUGAAUGAGAAACUCCCAACUGUAGUGGAGACUAUUGUGCAUGAAAGAGAUAAGUACAUGUCCUACACAUUACUAAAAGUGGCAAGUGAUAAAAGAUCAGUUGUUGCUGUUGUUGGAUUAGGGCAUCUAGAAGGAAUAAAGAAGUAUUGGAAGCAACCUAUCAAGAUUCAAGAUCUCAUCACAGUUCCACCUCCCAAACCUGCUAUCCCAAGAAUGAUAAUCUUCGUAUCUGUCAGCAUGGUUGUGGCUGGAAUGGCCGUAUUAUCAAACACCUAUCUUUAAAUGCAAAGAGUGACUUCCCUAUGUAGAGACAUUGUCAUUUGGAACAACAAUUAUGACAAAUGAGUUAAGUGAUACCUAUUAGAGAUAUA